GCAUUGCCUAUGACCUUGAUGAAGCAAUGACUUGUGCAGCAAUUUCAGAUGGAAAUUGCACGAAACCGCAGGGCACUGCAUUUGAGAUAGAAAAUCUUCUUUAUUUUAUUGCAGGACUGUGGAGCUUCCUAUGGUUUGUGGGAUUUUGUUUUUUAACGAAUCAGUGGUCAAUAACAGAUCCACAUAGCUAUUUAACUGGAGCAGACAAUGCACGAGCUGCCAUCGCAUUCAGCUUCUUUUCUAUUCUUACAUGGAUCCCACUGGCUUUUCUAGCAUACAAGAGGUACACAGCAGGAGUGGAUGAUUUCAGUACAGACUAUGUGGAUCCAUCCCAGGACACCACCACACCUUACUCCAGCUACCCAAACACUGUUAGUGACAGCUACCAGCAGCCCCCUUUUACCCAGAACUCCGACACAGGAGAGUAUCAACCACCAGCAUACUGAGCAGACCUCUACUGCAAAAGCUCAGGAAGAAAAAGUGAUCAGCCACGGAUCCAGUGGUUGAAAAAGUUUAUUUUUUAUUUUUGUUUAAAUAACAUAAGAUUCUAAACCUGGAUGCAACCUGCUCUUAGCUGUCAUUUUAUUCUUGUAGGAAUCAGUUGUGAGCAGUGUACCUGUGGAUACACAAGUGUUUCUAAAUUUAUAAGUGCCUAUAGGGACUUAAUUCUCAAGCUGACAUUCUGUUUCUCUGUGUUGAAUUCAUUAGAAGUCAUUUACACCUCUGUGAAGCAGAUUUGGUCAGUGUUUGAGUAAAGUUUAAUUUAGGUCCCGGAUGAUCUGUUUGCACUACCAAAAUCACUAGUUUUAUGUGCCUUACUGUAUUGACUUAGCUGAAAAGCCAUGUCCUUGUAUGCUGUACACCAAGGAAGAAAUUGUAAAAGCUAUUUUUUUGUCUAAUUUAAUGCUGCAUAAUUAAUGCAGCUUCUUAAAGUCACCUUGCCUAUAACCGAUGUAUCCUUUACAAUGGACACUUGUAUUAUUACCAGACAGGUUUGCCAGUUUGUAUUGAUUAAAAGCAUUGCAUUUUGUGUUGUCAGAGCUUGCAGUUUACAGACAGUGGGAGAUGCUAUUCAGAUAUGUUAAAGGUCAUUUCUGAUGAUGCUUUUUAAGAGGGUAGCUUCUGGUUUUAAAGGGACAAGUAUUUGAAAACACUGCAAAUUGUCUAAAUCUUCUAUUUGAUUUGCAGCAUUUCCAGGUUACAGGAAGAAGCAAGGAAAACACUAGUGAUUAUUAAUAAAAGUCUAAGCAUGUAGUUUACACCAUGGUGGAAAGGAACCAACUUUACCAGAGGUAAAGCUUACACUUUGGGCUCGAUUUAUCAAGCGAGGGCAGACAGUGGCGUACAUAUUUGCCCCAAUUUGCCUCUGGCAGGCAGAAUUUCCCAUUGCAUGCGAGUGCUAUUUUGCGCCUGCGUGCAACACCUCUCCCUGCCCAUGCACAACCAAUCACGCGCGGGCAGGAGCCAUCAGUCUCCCUGGUCGGAUGAGAAAGGGGAGAUUGAAAUUCUACACCAAAGAGGCUGCUGAAUACCACUGAUGACCGAUGCUUGAUCCACUGACUGCAGUUGUAGGGGAGGAGAAGGCUUGAUAAAUCGAGCCCUUUAUGUAAAAGCAUUUUGUGUGGUUAAAGAAUGACUUUUGCAGCUACGUUUAAUCAUAACCUUUUGUAUGUUUAAACAUGGGUUUUUUUUUUACCGUGCCAAAUAUAUUUUAAGUUGUACCCGCAGAGCUUUAAUUUGAAACGCCUGUACACCUGCUGCAAAUGUAAUAAAAUCAACCUAUUUUUUUUAUA